UUAAAACUACUGAAGAGCCGCGAGAGCGCUGUAGCCUGUAGCCCUGCAUCAGAUGUAUAUACGUCAGAGCCGAGAUAUGCGAAGGAAUAUUGUUGUUUGACGAUAGACGCUUCACAAUUUGGGAUUAUUACUUUCCAUAUUAUUACGAGGUAUUUUUAGAAAAAUGUCUUAUCAAUUGUAUAGAAACACGACGUUAGGAGUUACGUUGCAAGAGACCCUCGACGAACUAAUGCAGUUCGGACAAAUAACCCCACAGCUUGCACUAAAGGUAUUGCUACAAUUUGACAAAGCUAUUAAUCAAGCUCUAGCAACGAGAGUUAAGUCAAGACUUACAUUUAAAGCUGGCAAAUUAAACACAUAUAGAUUUUGUGAUAAUGUAUGGACUUUUAUGCUAAAUGAUGUUGAAUUCCGUGAAGUUCAGGAGGUUGCGAUAGUAGAUAAAGUAAAAAUUGUAGCAUGCGAUGGAAAAACAUUGGAUGCUGAUGGAGCAGCAAAACGAUAACAAAUUUAGUAUUUUAUAUACAAAACAAAUCUUUCUUAUAUUGUCAAAAGAAACUUUCGUGAUAAAAAAGCAAACAAGACAAAAUAAUGAAAAUAUAUAUUUAAAUUUCUUCCCUGUAAACAUUUAACUACCAGCAGCUAAUGUACCACCAAAUUUGAAAAAAUGUAAUUGCAUGAGAACCAACCAAUAUAUUUGUAUAUUUUUUUAUUUAAGUAUGCAAAAAUUUAAUAUCAAAAUAUUUUAAUUAAUAUUAAAAUAUAAAAAAUAUUUCACAUUAAAAGUUUCUGUAAAUCCAAAUUCAAAAAGGGCAUUAUUGUUGUUAUUAUUAUUGUACAACAGGUUAAGUAAGAUUAUUUCAUAAAUGAUUUCAUACAAAAAAUGUAGAUGGAAAAAACAAAAAUGUUUCAUUAACUUACAAUAAUUUAUUAAUAAGCAAAUACAUUAAGUUUGUUAUAAUAAGUAAUGUACCUAUACUUGUUAUUGUAAGAACUGUGCUUUCUCUGAUAUUUUUAUUAUGUGGCAUGGAGUUCAAUAAAUAAAGUACAACUA